AUGGGUCACUCGGGUGGUCUCCGUGCCGGCACUCGAUAUGCGUUCUCGCGCGACUUCAAGAAGAAGGGUAUGAUCAAGCUCUCGACAUACUUGAGACAGUACAAAGUUGGGGACAUCGUUGAUGUCAAAGCCAACGGAGCCGUCCAAAAAGGCAUGCCUCACAAAGUUUACCACGGCAAAACCGGCGUCAUCUACAAUGUCACCAAAUCCGCAGUGGGCGUCAUAAUCUACAAGCGAGUCGGCAACCGGUACAUCGAGAAGCGAGUCAAUGUCCGCAUCGAGCACGUCUCGCUCUCCCGCUCACGAGAAGAAUUCAUCAACCGAGUUAAAGACAACGCAGGGAAGAAGCAGAAGGCUAAAGCCGAGGGUGUGCACAUGUUCUUGAAGAGGCAGCCUCUAGGACCGAGGGAAGAAAGAACAAUCGAUGCGAAGGGAGGUGUUGAGACCGUCGUGCCGAUUGCUUACGAAACGACAAUUUAG